AUGAGAGUCAAAAAAUCCACAGAUGCUAUAAGUAAUAUAUUAGAAAAUGCAAAAAAUUUUUUUUCUGAUGAAAAUCCUGAAGAUUAUGAUAAAAAUGAUAUUAAUAAACAUAUGAAUUUAACAAAUUUUUUAGAAAAAGAAACAAACAUUAAAAUAGAUAAUAAUAUAACAACAACUAGUUUACCUACUUCUCCUUUGAAUAUUUCAUUUAUUUUAAAAACAUCAACAACACCAACUCCACUUGAUAUUUCUACAAAAACAAUAGAUGAUAUAAAAAAUACUAUACCUUUUGAAAAAGUAACUUCAAGUGUAAUAAAUAAAAUUGUAAUGCCACCUAGAGCAUAUGCAAUUUAUCAAAAAGUUCUUCAACAAUUAGAAAAAAAUACUCCUAAACCAAUUUCUUAUAAUUUUAAUCAAGUUCACAAUUAUCCAGAAACAAUUAUAAAUAAUACAAUAAGAUUUCAAAAAAACUUAGAAGAAGCAACGAUUAUUUAA